AUGUCUGUAAUGAACAUCUUCAUUGGACCAGACGACAGCCAGCUGCAGGACCUGAGCAAAAGCGUCUACAAGGUACGCCGUACAGCAAAUGGAAACUUGCUUCUUGAGCUCAACAGAGGCGACGUUUCAAGUGCAGCCUCGAUAAAGGAGCGACUGGACAAGGUACUGGAGGGAGCAGUGGCAGUGCGAGCCCUCUCGGAAGAGUCGAGGGUGAGAAUGAUAGCGAUCAGCGACCUGGACCCACUUGUGCGUGCGGAGGACCUCACUAAGGCUCUUGCGGACCAGUUCUCUGUAGAUGCCAACUCCGUGACCGUGAGAAGCCUGCGCCCAUCCUACAGAGAUACCCAGUCGGCCGUAAUUGGACUGCCGAGUAAGGACGCCGAAGUGGUCCUGGGCAAAGGCAAGAUGAAGGUGGGGUGGACGAUGUGCAGAGUCAAGGAAAGGCAUUCGAAGCCAAGGUGCUACAAGUGUCUGGAGAUCGGGCACAUCGCGCCCAAAUGCCAGAGUGCAGGGGAUCGAACGGGAUGCUGCAUACGCUGUGGCGACAGAAGCCGCGAGGACAGAGGUCACCAAGCGGGAAACCGGCAGUGCCCCCUCGCCAUGCAUGAAGUCGUAUCAAGGAAACGACGAUGGAAGUGA